AUGGGUGCUACUGAUGCUGACAAGGCUCUUGAGUACAAGAACGAGGGUAACGCCUGUGUGAAGGUGCAGGACUACGCCAAGGCCAUAGAGAAGUAUGACAAAGCAAUAGAGCUGGACGACACGCAGUCCGUGUACUUCUCGAACAGGGCUCUGUGCCACUUGAAGCUCGACAACUUCCAGUGUGCCUCCCAGGACUGUGACAAAGCGCUGGCUCUGGACCCAAAGAACGUCAAGGCCUACCACAGGCGUGGUCUGGCAUGCGUCGGCCUGCUGGAGUUCAAGAAGGCCAGAGCUGAUCUGACCGUGGUGUUGAAGGCCAAGCCCUCUGACGCUGCCGCAAAGCGAGCACUGGAUAUCUGUGAGAAAGUCAUCAGAGAGGAAAGGUUCAGGAAGGCCAUCGGCGGCGGUGACUCCGACAGUAAGCCCAAACUGUGCAGCACUUUGAACUUGAGCUCGUUCGACGCCAACAGCGAUCUGGCAAAAUACGACGGGCCAUCUUUGGAGUUCGAGCAGUUGAAGAAUGAAAAGAACGAGUACGCGGGUGUUAAAAUCACUAACAUGUCGCAGGACUUCAUCACAAAGUUGGUCAACGACGUCUUCUUGCAGGGCAAGAAUAUCCCAAAGAAGUACGCAGCAGCUAUUAUCUCACACGCCGACAGAUUAUUCAGAGACGAAGCUAACUUGCUUGAGCUGUCAAACAAAGAGAGCCCAGACCAUAAGAUAUCUGUAUGUGGUGAUACCCAUGGUCAAUUUUAUGAUGUGCUAAAUAUCUUCAAGAAGUAUGGCAAAGUCAGCGAGAACCACACAUAUCUAUUCAACGGUGAUUUUGUUGAUCGUGGCUCUUGGUCCUGUGAAGUGGCUUUGUUGUUUUACUCCUUGAAGAUUCUUUUCCCAAAGAACUUCUUCUUGAAUAGAGGUAAUCACGAGACCGACAACAUGAACAAAAUUUACGGGUUCGAGGAUGAAUGUAAAUACAAGUACUCCCAAAGGAUUUUUGAUAUGUUCUCACAAAGUUUCGAGAGUCUGCCUUUGGCUACGCUGAUUAACAAGGACUAUUUGGUUAUGCAUGGUGGUUUACCAAGUGAUAAGACAUCAACAUUGGAAGAUAUCAACAAACUGGAUAGAUUCAGCCAGCCUCCAAGAGAAGGUCUGUACAUGGAAUUACUAUGGUCUGAUCCACAGCAAGCUGAUGGUCUGGGACCUUCUCAAAGAGGUCUGGGAUUCGCAUUCGGACCAGAUAUUACAGCCGAUUACUUAAAGCGUAACAACUUGAAGAAGGUAUUCAGAUCACACGAAGUGCGUAUGAAAGGUGUCCUUUUUGAACACAACAAUAAGCUAGCUACUGUCUUUUCCGCACCAAACUAUUGUGAUUCUCAAGGAAAUAUGGGUGGUAUUAUUCAUAUUGUCCCUGGUAAAGGUAAACUAAUACAAAACGGUAACGACGAUGAAGACCUACUUGUAGAAACUUUCGAGGCUGUAAAGCACCCAGAUAUUAAGCCAAUGGCAUAUUCUAAUGGUGGGUUAGGCUUCUAG